AGCCGAGUAUAAAAGCAACAAGCAGCCGGAGGCAUUUCAUCAAACCAGCCCCAGAACAUGGCUGUGCCGCGGCCCGCGGGUCUCUGAUCGGCCUCCACCCCAGACGCAGCUGCCACCUGCAGCACUCCCUCGCUGGCGCCCUGCCUGGAAAGGUGGCGAGCACAGAGAAGAAGCAACAGAUCCCCGUGCCCCAAGCCCGGGAAGCCAGCGCCUGCUGGGUGAUGCAAGAGGAUACUUUGGGUGUGAGGAAGCUACAGCUGCCACAGCCCAGCCCAGCCCCACCAGAUCGCCUUCCUCCCUCCUGCCGAGGCAAAAAGUGACCGUGAGUUGGCAGCGAGCGAUAAACAAGCGGCUCCUGGAUCCCACCCAUCCACGCGUGUGAGCUCGUCUCGGGGCUGAAAAAAAUCCAGCCUCGGAGAGAGAGACACACACAGAGACCGGGCAAGUCUCCUAGCCAGUGUGUUUACAGCGCCUCCGCCUGAAACUGACCCGGCUCCCAGAUCCUAGCGACUCCCAAGCCAACCUUCCGCUCCCUUCUCUCCACGAAGCGCACCUGGAGGGGAAAUCCAGCCGAGUUUUGUGUUUCUUCCUCAGCAUCCAUCCAGGAUCCCGAUGCAUCCGGUGCUGUCUGCUGGGAAGCGGAUUCUAUGGAGUGUCUGACAGCAGAUGAAGGUGGAAUAAACCAAAGCCAGCCGUUCUUGUUGGUUCUUAAGCCUGUCUUGGAGGGAAGUAUAAACACAGGGAACCAACUACUCUAAAUAUAGACAGGACCAGGUCUCUACUCCUCUUGUGUAUGUGAGAGAGAGAGAGACAGAGAUCUUCCCGGAGCAUAGAUCUUAGUCACUUUCCUUCCAGCUCUUCCAAACUUUAAGAUCUAUUUGAAAGCAGAGCAAAGCUCUCCCAUCUUUUCCCAAAGACUCCGAUUUUUGGAUUGAUUUUUUUUCUUUUUUCUUUUCUUUUUUUUUGCCUUCGCCAGCAAAGAGAGGAAGACCGACACUUGCUGCUGCUAUCGAAAUCUCUCCUUUUCUCUCUCUUUCUUCCUCAGAUUUGUUUUUGUGGCUUGCCCAACAGCCACAUCUAUUUGUUCCCCUAAUCAAAGUGCCUUUGCCACUACUUUCCAGCCUGCAUCUCAGUGGCAGGAGCUUCUGUCACUGUUCUUCUUCUCUUCCUGGUGGGGAUUUCCUUGUUGCUGCUUCCUGGUGUCUGGAGCAAGGGCGCCAGGCCAUUAUAUUGUCCCCUACCUUCUCUCCAAAGCAACCACCUGUGCCCCGUCUCCUCCUGCGGAAAGGGAUCGAUGAGGCAGCCAAAGGGCAGAGUUGUCUGAGGUUGGGGAGAGAGAAAUCUGAGCUUCUCCCAGGCCUCUCCCCACAAUCGCCCUUCCCUCCCAGCUCCUCACUAGAGGAAGGGUGUUUAGAGGGCAUUUCCCAUCCACCUAAAUCUAUGAUCAGCUCGGUGUGUGUCUCAUCGUACCGUGGGCGCAAGUCUGGGAACAAACCACCCUCUAAAACAUGCCUGAAGGAAGAGAUGGCCAAAGGGGAAGAGUCGGACAAGAUCACCAUAAAUGUAGGGGGAACCAGGCAUGAGACCUACAAGAGCACAUUGCGGACGUUGCCUGGCACCCGCCUGGCUUGGUUGGCCGACCCCGAUGCCCAGAGCAACUUUGACUUUGAUGGCAAGAGCAACGAGUUCUUCUUUGACCGCCACCCGGGCAUCUUCUCCUAUGUGCUCAACUACUACCGCACGGGCAAGCUGCACUGUCCCGCCGACAUCUGCGGGCCCCUCUUUGAGGAGGAGCUGACCUACUGGGGCAUCGACGAGACCGACGUGGAGCCCUGCUGCUGGAUGACCUACAGGCAGCACCGCGAUGCCGAGGAGGCGCUGGACAUCUUUGAGAGCCCCGAGCCCGGGGCAGGGGGAGAGGAGGCCGAGGAGGAAGGGGGCAGGGAGAUGGCCCUCCAGCGCCUGGGCAUGGACGACAGGUCGCCGGGGGCUGCUGGGGCCACAGGAGGGGGUGGAUGCUGCCGCAACUGGCAGCCUAGGAUGUGGGCGCUCUUCGAGGAUCCCUACUCGUCCAGGGCAGCAAGGGUAGUUGCCUUCGCCUCACUCUUCUUCAUCCUGGUCUCCAUCACAACGUUCUGCCUGGAGACACAUGAGGCCUUUAAUAGAAAUGUCAACGUGACUGAGACGAUGGUGGUUGGCAACACCACAAGGGUCCUGCUGACAAAUAAGGUGGAGACGGAGCCUGUCCUCACCUACAUCGAGGGGGUGUGUGUCCUGUGGUUCACGCUGGAGUUCCUGGUGCGCAUCAUUUGCUGCCCAGAUAAGCUGCUCUUCAUCAAGAACCUGCUCAACAUCAUUGACUUUGUGGCUAUCUUGCCCUUCUACCUGGAGGUAGGCCUCAGUGGCCUGUCCUCCAAGGCUGCCCGGGACGUGCUGGGCUUCCUGAGGGUGGUCCGUUUCGUCCGGAUCCUCCGGAUCUUCAAGCUGACGCGGCACUUUGUGGGGCUCCGGGUGCUAGGCCACACGCUCCGGGCCAGUACCAAUGAGUUCUUGCUCCUCAUCAUCUUCCUGGCCUUGGGGGUCUUGAUCUUUGCUACAAUGAUCUACUAUGCCGAGCGGAUUGGGGCCAAGCCAUCCGACCCCAGCGGCAGCGACCACACUCACUUUAAGAACAUCCCCAUUGGGUUCUGGUGGGCGGUGGUCACCAUGACAACGCUGGGCUAUGGUGACAUGUACCCCAAGACCUGGUCGGGCAUGCUGGUGGGGGCGCUGUGUGCCCUGGCCGGGGUGCUGACCAUCGCCAUGCCAGUGCCUGUCAUCGUCAACAACUUUGGAAUGUACUACUCACUAGCUAUGGCCAAGCAGAAGCUCCCAAAGAAGAAGAAAAAGCAUAUACCCCGUCCAGCCCCACUGGACUCCCCCACAUACUGCAAGUCCGAGGACAACUCGCCCCGCAACAGCACGCAGAGUGACACCUGCCCCCUGGCAGCGGAGGAGGUGGUGGUGGAGAGAAAGCGAUCAGACUCCAAGCAGAACGGCGAUGCCAACACAGUGCUGUCAGACGAGGAGCAGCCCCUCUCGUCCUCACACGAGGAGAAGCGGCCGAUGAGGCGCUCCAGCACCAGGGACAAAACCAAGAAAGCGGCCACCUGCUUUCUGCUGAACGCUGGCGAUUUCUCCUGUGCGGCCGAUGGCGGCAUCCGGAAAGGACUGUCGAAUCCCCUCUGACUCCCUUGGAAGCUGGGAUUUGUUCAGACCAUUUGCCAGGUCUAAAUGUACCCAGGGCAGGUGAGGGAAGAGGGGGACGAGACCGGAUUCUCCCGCCGUGCUGUAACCUUGCUUGUUGUGCAUGUGUCGUAUGACCGUCUGUCUGAUGUAUACCACGGUCCUCGCCCCGCCCUGCCCCCACUGACGACGCCAUUAACGACUCCCGUGCUGUCUGACUGUUCCAAUGAACCCUACUCGCUCCCCGUCACUUGUUGACUGACCCGUUGGCCGGCGUGAUUGCUGUCGUUCUGCUGUAGUAACUUAGACGGCACCCGGAUCUCGCUGCAGACGACCAUCGCUGGGCGUCAGCUGCUCAUCACAGACGCCCUGUUGCAGGCACCAUCUGUGCUCUCACCGUGUCCAUCCGCCGAGCGGUAGCUGUGGACUAUUUUUUUUAAUUAUUAUUUUUAGACUCUGUGACGUUUGCUCCAGCCUCCUCCAAUGUACAGAUUCCUUCUCUAAAAGAGGCUGCUCCUGGGAUUGGUUUGGGACCCAUUGGACAAUGGGUCCUGAGGUGCAUGGGGGUGGGGUGGAGAAGCCUCCAAGAAGUCCAAGUUGCAAUACUAGAGUAGCCAAUGACUGCGUGCAAUAGCAGAGACCAGGUGGACUGGCUGGCCUGAUAUGGCUAGCUUCUUUCUAAUGCUGUUACAUAUCUCUGUGACCAAGGCAAUACUAAUCCCAUUACCUUAUAUGCUGUACACACGCCUCUUCCUGUCAAGCAGUACUAGAGUUCUAAUAAAGAGAUCUGGGAGCU